CGUUUCCGGCGGGAGGGGGCGGUCUCUCAGCUGUGAGGGGCGCCGGCCGAGGAAGGUUCUGUGGGGCGUUCCUAGUUAAUGAUGGCAAAGCUCCAGAGCAAAGAUCCUGGCUUAAAGGAGAAAUUUAAAAAUCUCCUGGGAUUUGGGCAAUCCCGGCCUAAUUCCAAGUCGUCGGAAGGGAAGCAGACAGAAUUCAUCAUCACUGCAGAGAUCCUCAAGGAGCUAAGCGUAGAAUGUGGCUUGAACAACCGGAUACGGGCAAUCGGCCAGAUCUGUGAGGUAGCAAAAACAAAAAAGUUCGAAGAGCACGCGGUAGAAGCAAUCUGGAAAGCCGUCGCCGACAUGCUGCAGCCAGAUCGGCCCCUCGAGGCCCGGCACGCUGUGCUGCACCUACUGAAGGCGGUCAUUCAAGGACAGGGCGAGAGGCUCGGGAUCCUCCGUGCUCACUUUUUCAAAGUGAUCAAGGAUUACCCUUCCAACGAAGACCUGCACGAGCGGCUCGAGGUCUUCAAGGCUCUUACUGAUAAUGGAAGAUACAUCACGUAUUUGGAAGAGGAGCUGGCUGAAUUUGUCCUCCAGUGGAUGGGCGUGGGUCUGACCUCCGAGUUCCUGCUCGUGCUGGUCAACUUGGUCAAGUUCAACAGCUGCUACCUGGACGACUACGUGGCCGAUAUGGUCCACAUGAUCUGCCUCUUGUGCUUCCAGACCUCCUCUGCGGUGGACAUUGAGGUUUCCCUGCAAGUCCUGGACGCCGUGGUGUGCUACAACUGCCUGCCUUCGGAAACCCUCCGCGUCUUCAUCAUCACCCUGUGCCGGACCAUCAACGUGAAAGAGCUCUGCGAGCCGUGCUGGAAGCUGAUGCGUAAUCUGUUGGGCACUCAUUUGGGUCACAGCGCCAUUUACAACAUGUGCCGGAUCAUGGAAGACAGAGUUUACAUGACAGAUGCGGCCCUGCUGAGAGGAGCAGUUUUCUUCGUGGGAAUGGCCCUGUGGGGCGCACACAGGUUACAGUCACUCAAAAAUUCGCCUACGUCGGUGCUUCCCUCCUUUCUGAAGGCCAUGACCUGCCCCAACGCCAUUGUGUCUUACGAAAUCGUGCUCUCCAUUACGAGGCUGAUCAAGAAGUACGGGAAGGAGCUGCAGGCAGUCACUUGGGACAUCCUGCUGGACAUCAUUGAGCGGCUACUGCAGCAGCUGCAGGCCUUGGAGAGCCAGGAGCUGAAAUCCAUUGUCCACGACCUACUGACCACCGUGGAGGAGCUGUGUGACCACAACGACUUCCACGGCUCCAAGGAGAGAUACUUUGAGCUUGUGGAAAGGUGUGCGGAUCAGCGGCCGGAAUCUUCCGUUCUGAAUCUGAUCACCUACCGAGCUCAGUCCAUCCACCCCGCCAAAGACGGCUGGAUCCAUAAGCUGCAGGGGCUGAUGGAGCGGUUCUUCCGAAACGAGAGUCGGAGCGCCGUUCGCAUCAAAGUUCUGCACGUCCUGUCCUUUGUUUUGAGCGUCAACAGGCAGUUUUAUGAGGAGGAGCUGAUCAACCUGGUGGUCAUCUCUCAGCUGGCGCACAUCCCGGAGGACAAGGACCAUCAAGUCCGCAAACUGGCCACCCAGUUGCUGGUGGACCUGGCCGAGGGCUGCAACACCCACCAUUUCAACAGCUUGCUGGACAUCAUCGAGAAGGUGGCUUCCCACUCCUUGCUGCCUCCGCCCGAACUGGAGGAGAGGGAUCUGCUCUCCUACUCAGCGUCUUUGGAGGACGUGAAGACAGCCAUGCUAGGCCUCUUGGUCAUUUUCCAGACGAAGCUGUACGGCUUGCCCGCCAGCCACCCCACCCGCGUCUACGAGAUGCUGGUCCUGCACAUUCAGCUCCACUACAAGCACAAGUACAGCCUCCCCAUCGCCAGCAGCAUCAGACUGCAGGUCUUUGACUUUCUGCUCUUGCUUCGUGCCGAUUCCCUGCACCGGCUGGGCCUGGCCACCAAAGACGGCCUCGUGAGGUUCAGCCCCUACUGCCUCUGUGACUUCGUGGAGCUGGAGAAGAAACCGGCGGGUGCCCUCUCCCCUCCCGCGGGCAGCCCCAGCCUGCCCCCUCCGAGCACCGCCCUCCGGGUCGGCCACCUGCCCUUCUCUCUGCUCUUUGGAGUCAUCCUGCAGUGCCUGAAGCAGGAGACGGACUGGAAGGUGCUGAAGCUGGUUCUGAACAAGCUGCCCGAGUCGCUGCAGUGCAAAGUGCUGUACCUGACCUCCCCGUGCAGCGUUGACCAGCUGUCGUCCGCCCUCUGCUCCAUGCUGACAGACAAAAAGAUGGCGGAGCGGCUGCGGGGCACCCCGGAAGGAUUCUCCCGCAACGAUUUGCACCUGGCCGUGGUCCCUGUUCUGACGGCUUUGAUCUCCUACCACAGCUACCUGGACAAAGCCAAGCAGCGGGAGAUGGUGUAUUGUCUGGAGCACGGUCUGAUCUUCCGCUGUGCCAACCAGUGCGUCGUGGCGCUCUCUAUCUGUAGCGUCGAGAUGCCCGACGUUCUCAUCAAGGCCCUGCCGGUCCUGAUCGUCAAGCUGACCCACAUUUCAGCAACAGCCAACAUGGCCAUUCCUCUCCUAGAAUUUCUUUCGACACUGGCCCGACUGCCUCACCUCUACAGGAACUUCGCAGCUGAGCAGUACGCCAGCGUCUUCGCCAUCUCCCUGCCCUACACCAACCCCUCCAAGUUCAACCAGUACAUCGUAUGCUUGGCGCAUCACGUGAUAGCCGUGUGGUUUAUCAAGUGCCGCCUCCCCUUUCGGAAAGACUUUGUGCCAUUCAUCACCAAGGGUUUGCGGUCAAACGUCCUCCUGUCCUUCGAUGACACCCCGGAGAAGGACAGCUUCCGGGCCCGGAGCACGAGUCUGAACGAAAGACCCAAGAGUUUUAAAGUAGCCAAAAAUGCCCGGCUGAGCUUGAAUAGCUCCCCGCCCGUGAAAGAGCUGAAAGAAUCCUCCGCAGCCGAUGCCUUCCGUUCCCGCAGCAUCAGCGUGUCUGACCAUGCAGCCCGCAGCCGGAUCCAGACGUCCAUCACCAGCUCCAGCCUGGGCUCCGCGGACGAGAACUCGAUGGCCCAAGCAGAUGACAGCCUGAAAAACCUCCACCUGGAGCUCACGGAGACCUGCCUCGAUAUGAUGGCCCGAUACGUCUUCUCGAACUUCACAGCGGUGCCCAAAAGGUCUCCAGUGGGGGAGUUCCUCCUGGCGGGAGGGAGGACCAAGACGUGGCUGGUGGGUAACAAGCUCGUGACAAUCACUACCAGUGUCGGGACGGGGACCAGGUCGCUCCUGGGCCUGGACUCGGAGGAGCUGCCGAGCAGAACUGAGGCACGCCUAGAUCCCGCCUCACAGGUGAGGCAGAUAAAAGAGGCCCCGGCCAAACUGGAGUCCCAGGCUGGCCCACAAGUGGUUCGAGGAUCCCGCAACAGAGUCAGGUCGAUGUCUGGUGGCCACGCUUUGCGGGUUGGCGCUCUGGACGGCUCUGCCCCCCAUGCCCCUGCCAGCUCCAUGCCCCAAGGGCCACAGAAUUAUCCCGCUACUCGGACAGAAAAGGCUGCUCCCAGCUCUCAGGCUCCUCCGCAGAAAGAGAAGGCCAACCUGGCUGCAUACGUCCCUCUGCUGACCCAGGGCUGGGCGGAAAUCCUGGUCCGGAGGCCGACAGGAAACACCAGCUGGCUGAUGAGCCUGGAGAAUCCGCUCAGCCCCUUCUCUUCCGAUAUCGACAACAUGCCCCUGCAGGAGCUGUCCAAUGCCCUCAUGGCGGCAGAGCGUUUCAAGGAGCACCGUGAGACCGCACUCUACAAAUCCCUCUCGGUGCCCUCCUCCAGCUUGCCCACCGGGACCUCCAAGCCUUCCCUCCUGCAGCGAUCCAACACAGUGGCCUCUUUCUCUUCCAUGUACCUGACCAGUUCUCAAGAAAGGCUGCACAGGAGCAUAUCCUGGGCAGAAUCGGCCAUCGUUCCAGAAGAAGGAAGCCCGCCGGCAGCAGACUUGAAAGAAAGGGAGUUUCUGCCGGAGUCUCAAGAGAUUGAAGACUUCGAAGCCAUGUGUCUGGAUCGCGUUGUGAGCGAGAAGUUAGGCAAAGCCCCUGGGAUGUACAGCAGGUCCUCUUCAACGUCCAGUCAAGAGGAAAAAGCCCUGAAGCCGGAAGACUUGGGGUCCAUUGGCAUUCCCAUUGAAAGGGCCAGGCACCUGGAAGACAGCCGGGCUUUCGAGGCCCUUUCCUUCCAGCCCUCCCAGCCGCUCAGCAAGUCCAGCUCCUCCCCGGAGCUCCAGACCCUCCAGGAGGUCCUCAAAGACGCCAAUGGCGAAGAAGCGGCCGGGAAGCUGAGCAGUGACGUGAAAUCCAAGUCCCAGUCAGGCCACUUGGAAGGGGAGGCCGCAGGCAGCUGGCUGAGGAGAGCGGAGGAGGACAGGACCCCCGGGGCCGCACUGCUGGACAGUGGCGGCCCCGCCUCUUCUCCCCGUUCCCCGGGCGGCCACCGCCCCCGAGGGUACACCAUCUCCGAUUCGGCGCCCUCGAGGAGGGGCAAGAGGAUCGAGAAGGACCCCUUCAAAGGCAGGGCCGCGGCCUCCAACGCGGAGAAGGUUCCAGGGAUCAACCCCAGCUUUGUGUUCCUGCAGCUGUAUCACUCCCCUUUCUUUGGUGAUGGAUCCAACAAGCCCCUCUUGUUGCCCAAUGAGACCUUUGAGAGGUCCGUGCAGCUCCUGGAUCAGAUCCCGCCCUACGACACCCACAAGAUUGCAGUGCUGUAUGUUGGAGAAGGCCAGAGCAACCAGGAGCUGGCCAUACUGUCUAAUGAGCAUGGCUCCUACCGCUACACGGAGUUCCUGACGGGCCUGGGCAAGCUGAUUGAGCUCAAGGACUGCCAGCCGGACAAGAUCUACCUCGGCGGCCUGGACGUGUGCGGGGAGGAUGGGCAGUUCACCUACUGCUGGCACGACGAUAUCAUGCAAACCAUUUUCCACAUUGCCACCCUGAUGCCCACCAAAGACCUGGACAAAUAUCGCUGUGACAAGAAGCGGCACCUGGGGAAUGACUUUGUCUCCAUCAUUUACAAUGACUCUGGGGAAGACUUCAGACUGGGGACCAUCAAGGGUCAGUUCAACUUUGUACACGUGGUUAUCAAGCCGCUGGACUACAGCUGUAACCUGAUCACGCUGCAGUGCCGGAAAGACAUGGAAGGGCUGGUGGACACCAGCGUGGCCAAGAUCGUCUCGGACAAGAACCUCCCAUUUGUGGCCCGUCAGAUGGCCCUGCAUGCCAACAUGGCCUCUCAAGUCCAUCACAGCCGCUCCAACCCCACGGACACAUACCCGUCUAAGUGGAUUGCCCGGCUGCGCCACAUCAAGAGGCUUAGACACAGAAUCCGAGAGCAGACCCAGUACCAGACUUCUGGCUUCCCUACCAUGCACCCUCCUGUGCCCACCAAAGUAUCUGCCCAUGCUGCCCAGGAUCCCGCACCCUCCUAUGAGACGGGGCAGAGGAAAAGGCUCAUCUCCUCGGUGGACGACUUCACGGAAUUUGUGUGAGG